AUGAUUUCUUUCCCAGAUAAAAUACAGUCUCUCUUUUCCCCUCUCUCUCUCUUUUUUUUCUCUCUCUCUCUCUCUUUUUUCCCUCUCUCUCUCUCUUUUUCUUCUCUCUCUCUCUCUUUUCCCCUCUCUCUUUUUCCCCUCUCUCUCUCUCUCUUUUUCCCUCUCUCUCUCUCUCUUUUCCCCUUUCUCUCUCUCUUCUUCCUCUCUCUCUCUUUUUCCCUUUCUCUCUCUCUCUUUCUCCCUCCUUUCUCUCUCUCUCUUUUCUUUUCUCUCUCUUUUCUCUCUCUUUUUUCCUCUCUCUCUCUUUCCCCCUCUCUCUUUUCCCCUCUCUCUCUUUUCCCCUCUCUCUCUCUUUUCCCCUCUCUCUCUCCCUUUCUUUUUCUCUCUCUCUCUUUUCUUUCUCUCUCUCUCUUUCCCCCCUCUCUCUCUUUUCCCCUCUCUUUUCCCUCUCUCUCUUUUCCCCCCUCUCUCUUUUCCCCCUCUCUCUUUUCCCCUCUCUCUCUCCCCCCCUCUCUCUUUCCCCUCUCUCUCUCUCUCUCUUUCCCCUCUCUCUCUCUUUUUCUCUCUCUCCCCCUCUCUCUUCCCCUCUCUCUUUUUUCCCCUCUCUCUCUCCCCUCUCUCUCUCUCUCUUUCAUCUCCCCUCUCUCUCUUUUCAUCUCUCUCUCUCUUCCCUCUCUUUUCUCUCUCUCUCUCUUUCCUCUCUUUUUCAUCUCUCUCUCUCUUUCCUCUCUUUUUCUCUCUCUCUCUCUUUCCCUCUUUUCAUCUCUCUCUCUUUUUCCUCUCUUUUCAUCUCUCUCUCUCUUUCUCUCUCUUUUUUUCUCUCUCUCUUAUUUCCUCUCUCUCUCUCUCUUUUUCCUCUCUUUUUCAUCUCUCUCUCUCUUUUUUCCUCUUUUUCAUCUCUCUCUCUCUUUUUCCUCUCUUUUCAUCUCUCUCUCUCUUUUCCUCUCUUUUUCAUCUCUCUCUCUCUUUUUCCUCUCUUUUUCAUCUCUCUCUCUCUCUUUUUCCUCUCUUUUUCAUCUCUCUCUCUCUCUUUUUCCUCUCUUUUUCAUCUCUCUCUCUCUUUUUCCUCUCUUUUUCAUCUCUCUCUCUCUCUUUUUCCUCUCUUUUUCAUCUCUCUCUCUCUCUUUUUCCUCUCUUUUUCAUCUCUCUCUCUCUCUUUUUCCUCUCUUUUUCAUCUCUCUCUCUCUUUCAUCUCUCUCCAUUUCACCCCAAGCAAGGUAG